AUGAGAUUUUUUAGGCCUUUUUUUGCCGUCGGCCUUCUGUUGUCCGGCCCGACGCUGGCGUGGGACCAUGUCGACGACACAGGCGCGCUGAAGGAGGCCCUGCGGUCCAACGAGCACACUCUAGUUGCAUUUAUUCUCCCCGACGAGGAAAACAGCCAAGCUCUCGAGCCAGAAUGGACGCUGCUCCGGCAAAACGAAGGCGAGGAUGACGUGGUCAGCGUCGACUGCUCCGCGACGCCCAAGGACUGCGAAGAGCUCGGCGUGGCGUCGUUCCCGGCGAUCCGGCUCUACCGCCGCGGCGGGAAGCUCGACCGGUACCGCGGCCCGCGCAAGGCCGAAGCCAUCGCCGGCUAUCUGCGCCGCGCCCUCCGCCCCGCCGUGUCGCACAUCAGAGGGCGGAAUGCCACGUCCUUCACCGCCGCCGACGACCUGGUCUUUGUCGGCCAUUUCGUCGCCGGCGACGCAACGCUCCGAGACCGCUUCGCCGCCGUCGCCCACAAGUACUGCGACCGCUUCUCCUUUGCCGAGUCGAGCGAGCCGCACCCGCUCCAGCAGCAGCACCCGCGCCAGUCCGUGGUGACAUGCUACAACAACCCCGACGGCCUGCAGCGUUCGACGGCCGAGCUGGCCGGCGCCGCUGCGCUCGACAAUUUUGUCCGGCUGUGUUCAACGCCGCUGAUCCCCGAGCUGACGCGGCGCAACGAACUGUCGUUUUACCAGACCGGAAAGAGCAUAGUGCACUACUUCACCCACGACACCGCAGAGCGCGGCGCGUACGUGGCCGAGAUGCGGCCGCUAGCACAAAAGUACGACGAGUACCUGCACUUCACGACGACGGACGCGGGCGAGUACGCCGACGCGGCGGCGGCGAUGGGGCUGCCUUACGGGGCCGGCGGGCUGGCCGUCCAGAACCCCAACAACGGUGACGUGUUCCCGUGGCCGCGCGACGGCCGCCGCGGGCCCGUCACGGCUGCGGCCGUCGAGGCGUUCCUAGUUGAUAUCAUCCAGGGCGCGGUGAAGCCGUGGCGGCCUGGGAGUGGGACUGGACAGGGAAAGGGGGGGCAUGACGAGCUGUGA